GCAUUAUGGUUGACUUUGCACGCUUGCUUUAAUACGAUAAACAACUGGGGCAUAUUGCUAUUGUGUCCGUGUAUUGUGAGGCUUUGAACUUCAAUUGAGACAGAAGUAUGAUUGAAGCCCGGUUGGCAUCGUGCUGUGACUUUGUGAGCGAGUUGAAGAGUUAAGGGUUUGGUUAUCCGGUUUAUAGCGAGAUGGAUCGAAAGGGCGGAGCAGGUGAAACGGAGGAGCAAGGAAGGGUCAAAACUAGGAUUCAACAAUGGGAAGACACCAUCCAAAAGACCGACCCAAAUUUUUCUGACGCUACCGACGAGGAACUCACUGAACGAGUGAAACAACUACUAGAUCGCCAUGGUUACUCCCGGAGACACUCCGAUUACAGCCUCAUGGGCUUCUCGUACACCAGCAACUCCACAAGCCCCUCCCCUCCCGGCCAGGGGAAUUCCCCUCGGCGGAGACAUUCCAACAUCACGGGCUACGCCCCCAAGAUGCCUAUUUACGAGGAGGGGCGGAUGCGCUCCAUGGAACUCCCAACCCCUCGUGAGGAGGAUGAAUUUGAGGAGGAGUAUUCGGGAGAUGAUGCCAAACAAGAUGGGGAUACGGAUAGGAAGGUGGAAGGAUGGGCAGAGGAGGAGGAAAGGGACCAAGAUUAUGAAAAGUUUGUCGGAUAUGACGAUGAGUAUACCAUCAAUGAUGAUUGGUAUGUGAAGAAAGAGCCAAGGGCCCCCCAUGAAGGGGCGGUUGAUUUUGAUGAGAAUUCAGAGGAUGCGCUUUCCGAAAGAAUACCUUUUCUUGAGAUGGUGGAUGCCUGCUGCGACACAAAAGAGUUGGAGCAGAGUUACAAGGCGGAUGCUGGUUUUGAGCGGGAGCGGGAGGAGCAGAACCGGAGCCUGGUCUCGCAGAACGUGGAGCUGAGACGGAAGCUUGAAGAUGAACACGGCAGCUACAAGAGAAAGCUCCAGGCCUAUCAGGAUGGCCAACAGAGGCAGGCUCAGCUUGUACAGAAGCUACAGGCUAAGGUAUUGCAAUACAAGAGGAAAUGUGGAGACCUUGAAUCCUCACUGCAGGACAGCCUCAACGAAUCCGAUCGAGAGAAGAUAUCUCUCCAGACUACAUCUGAAAGUUUGCAGACCCAGCUCGAGAAUGCAGAGACUCGUCUCAAGAUGAGGGUGGACGAGCACGCAACGGAACUGGAGGGCACCCUCAUCAGGCUCGAGGAGGAACAGCAACGGAGCGCCAGUCUGGCCCAGGUGAACUCGAUGCUGCGGGAACAGCUGGACCAAGCCACGGAGGCCAACCGGUCACUCAACCACGAAAUAGAUCAGCUGUCCAACGAGGUCAAGAGAUCGCAGGACGAUCUGGACAACAGAGAGACAGAAUGGAGGGACGAGGAGAAGUCCUUCAAUGAGUACUUUAACAGCGAGCACAGUCGUCUUCUGGUUCUAUGGCGUCAAAUUGUUGCCUUCAGAAGAAACUUUGCGGAGAUGAAAAGUUCGACUGAGAGGGACCUCACUCAGAUGCGAUCGGACGUAACCCGUACAUCACGCAACACCCAAUCGGCCUGCCAGAACCUCCAGUCAGCCUCACAGGGUAGCGAGACCGGUGCAGUCAUGGCCCUGGAGAGGGAGAAGGGCGAGAAGAUGCAACUAGAAUCCCAGAUGAGGGAGAAACUCAAGGAUAUGCUGGAUAUGCAGGCCAAGUUUGAUGCAGAGAAGGGAGACCUAACCACAAGAAUCAACGAGCUGACCAUCGCUAAUGAGCGCUACAAGAUCCAGGUGGCCGAGAAGGAGAACCAGCUCCGCCAGCGCUCCGCCUCCGCUGCCGGCGGCGACCACUUUGACUCCGCCCAAUCCGAGGCCUCCCAGGAAGCCUACAUGCUUCCCGGGGCCGACGGCGGCUCCCUGCGUGCCGUGCAGGAGGAGUGCGAGGCUCUGCACAUGGCGCUCAGGGACAUCGCCCAGGCGGUCAUCCAGGAUGCCGAUGCCUCUGCGGCCGAUAUGAGCGAGUUUGCAGCAGGUCAGGAGGGCGACGUGACUCUGGAUGUUAGCCUGGCUUCACCCUACGCCAAGUCAACUCCUCUCAGGCCUCUUUCCCCGACACGUUACAACCGUCACCGUUCCCCCUCUCCCCGCAGACCAGUUACCCCCUCCCGUCGGACUGCCUCACCUAGCAGGGCCCGCUCUCCAGGCUUCCCUGACUCCACCUACUCCGCCGUCCAGGCUGCUCUGCAGAAACGACAGCUUCAAGUUCAGGAAUUGAAGGCCAGGCUUAACUCCACUCGUGACCAGGCCAGCACGUUGAAGAAGAACCUUGAAGGCAGCGAGAACGAGAGGAGGCAGACAGAGAGGGCAGUAGACGCUCACCGGGACAACCUGAGUGUCUCUCAGAGGCAGCUGGAAGAGAUCAAGAGAGACAGGGACAGGCUCAGGAACUCACUGGAAGCUACAGGAAGUGAGAAAUCUGGUCUGGAGAACCUACGUCAGUCUCUGAAUGCUCAGAUUGAGUCUCUGAACGUAGAGAAUGAGAGACUCCAGGCAGCCAACUCAGACCUGCAGAGACAGAGGGAUCAUCUGGAAGAUGAGAGGGAGGAUAGAGAGAAGGAUAGUAUCAGACAGAAGAAGGAGAUUGAGAGAAGUCACAAGCUUCUAGAGCAGAUGGAAGGGAAGAACUCCAAUCUGAAGGAGGAUAUAGUCACCUUGAAAGAAGCUCUCAACAAGGCUGUCCUCGAGAAAGAUGUACUGGAGCAAGAGAAGGCAGAAAUUAGUGAGAGCCUCGCCCGUCUUGAGGUCCAGAGGGCAGAGCUUGAGGUGGAGUUGAAUCGUCUCAGAACCGAGGAGGCCGGUCUCCGAGAUUCCCUUCUCAAGAUGCAGGCACUCAACGAAGGCCUCGGGCAGGAUAAGAUUGAACUCAACAAGAUUAUCAUGCAGCUUGAAGCCGAGAAGAACCGCUUGAUUGAAGACAAAGAUAACAUUCACCACGAGAGGGCGGCAAUCCGCGACGAGCUGAUGAGGGUCGAGAGCGAGAAGGUGGAUACGGAGACGGAGAAGAUGGGUCUUAAUCAGAGUCUGAGUCUGAUGGAAGACAACAGGACCAGGCUGGAGGAGGAGAUGAGUCUACUCAACAGAGAGAAAGGAGAGCUUGGGGAUAACCUCUCACAGCUGUCCAGACAGAAGAACUCCUUAGCCGAAGAGCUACUGCAGACGAGGAGAGAUGUCGAGAGACAGAUAGAAGCAGUCACUCGCAUCGCCAAGGAGAAGGAGGAGCUGACGAAGGAGAAGGCAGAGUUGAUCGUUCAGCUCACUGCGUCGGAGAGAGAGAACAGAGCCCAGGCUGAGGUGAUAGCUGCAAUGAACACAGACAAGGAAAGCCUUGAGAGGACGCUGUAUGAGUAUCAGCAGAGUCUGGCCAAGCUUGAAGCAAAGAGGACACAACUGGAAAGCGAGCUUCAAGAACAGGGCGUCUCAAAAGAAGGAGUCACAGUUGAGCUUGCAAGGCAGCGUAAGGAGAUGGAGAUCGAGAUGACCCGAUACCAGAAGGAUCUUGAGCUUCUCAACCAGAGGAUGGUGCAGCAGGAGAGGGACACCCAGCUCGCUCUCAAACAACGUCAACAGGCUCACGAUGAAGACGUGGAGAGACUCAACAGGGAAAGGGAGAGCUUGAAGCUAGCAAUGGAGGCAGAGAAAGAGGACCUGGUGAGGAAGACGAACCAGGAGCGAGAGGAGCUGAACGGUAGAUACAUGCAGGAGAAGGAGGAGCUGACAGAGGAUCUGAUGGGGCUCCAGAGGGAGAGGGACGAGAGCUUGCUCCUGGCGGAGAAUGACAAGCAACAGUCGCUGUCUUUGGCCCAGACUGAGAGGAACCAGCUGGUUGAGAAGCUGAACUCAUCUCAGAGGGAUAUGGCUAAUGCUUCCAUGGAGAUGGAUCGGAUCAAGAGAGAGGCGUUCACUCGAGCUGAGACAGACAAGGAAGCUAUCAGAGACGUACAGGACGAGCUGAAAGAACUACGAGCAAGAUUUGAAGAGGGAACGAAUGUUCGAGAGCGCCAGGCCAAGGAUCUCAGCAACCAGAUCAAGGACCUUCAGAAGGUCAAGGAGGCCCUGCUGAGGGAGGUCAACGAACUUAAAACACAACUCAAGAUGGCCGAAGAGAGCAGGGAUGGGGUCAGGAGAGAGCUCAUCGAGGCGCAUCGCAAGAUCAGAGAAGGUGAUGAAGGUCGUGAGAUCCAGCGCAAAGAGAACAUGGAGCUGAAACGACAGAUGAACGAUGAGGUCCGUGAGAAGGACGCGAUCAACCGAGCAAACGAAGAACUGAGACAGAAGGUCAAGAAGGUGGAGACGGAUCGCAUCCAACUAAACAGGAAUGUGGAGGAGAGGACACAGAAGAUUGCUGUUUUGGAAGAGAGUAAGACAGCUAUACAGAAGGAGGCUGGAGACCUUCGAGCCAGUCUGAGGGAGGUGGAAAAGUCUCGUCUGGAGGCCAGACGAGAACUCCAGGAGCUCAGGAGACAGGUCAAGACCCUUGACACGGAUAAAGCCAAGCUGACCAAGGACAUCCAUGACCUUCAGAACCGUGUCGCCAGGGACGACGAAAAAGAGGAGGAGAAUAGGAAGGAGAUCUAUGCCCUCAAACAAAAGGUGAUGGAGACAGAGGCAGAGCGGGAGUCCGCCAGGAAGGACGCUCAGAACCUCACCCGUCGCUUUGGCGACCUGGAGGAGGAACUCCGUCUGAAGGAGAAGGAUUACGCAAUGUCCGUCGACGAGGCCCGCUCGGCCGAGAGACGCAUCUCAGAGAGGCUACGCACCACGGAGAACGCGCUGGACGAGACCAAAGCAGAUCUAGGAGACCUGAAGCUGAAGCUGAGUGCUGCAGAGGGAAGGGUCAAUGGUCUGGAAUCCCAGUUGGCUCAAGUUGAAGGAGCGAAGCAGGAGGUGGAGUUCAAGCUAGGGAGCCUGCAUUCCACCCUACGUCGAACCCUAGGCAUCGGAGCUGGUGGAAUGGGUAGCUCACUCAGUCUAGCUAGUAGCACUUCACCAGGACCAAGAUCUUCGCUGAGGGAUAGGAGUCCUAGUCCGGUACGAGCACGUAGGACCAGGUCUCCUGUCAAAGGUUUUGACAACACCUUCGCCUCCACUGCCGAUGGCUUUGGCACCCCCAUCCCCCGUACCGGGUCCCCUGAGCUACAGGACCGGUCCGCCAGCCCCCUCCCGACCCGCAGUACCUCCCCCACCCGUAUGGAGCAGCUCGUGGCUGAUAUCGACCCUGAGACCGUCAGGAUCGCCCUCAAAGACUUCUCCCAGCAGCUCAAGGAUACAGAGAGAGAAAGGGAUGAAGCCUUCUGUCGUAUUCGCCUGAUCACCCAAGAGCUUGCUGAGAACGAGGCAGCCAGGCACCGUGUCGACCAACGCCUGCAGCAGUUCCAGAAGUCCCUGACCGAGGCGGAGGAGGGCAAGCGCGGCGCUGAUGGACGUCUCAGCAGCGCGCAGACUGCCCUCAUGCUUCAGGAGGAGACAAUCCGUCGAAGCGAGAGGGACCGUAAAGGCAUGCAGGAAAAAAUCAACACCUUGGAGCGUUCACUCCAGUCGGCCGAGGCCGAGAAGCGUAACCAGAGCGACCGCAUUGCCAAGAUGAACCAGGGCUCACAGAGGAUGGAGGGAGACAAGCGAUCUCUCCGCGAGACCCUCGAGGCAUCGGAGAACCGCUGCACGCAGCUGGAGCUGAAGCGACGGGCACUAGAGGGCGACCUUCAGCGGUCCCACCUGUCAAUGAACGACAAGGAGACGGAGAGCCAAGUCCUGCAGGAUAGGAUCGAGGCCCUGAUGAGACAGAUCCAGGACCUGGAGAGUAAGAACACCUCGUUGCAGUUGACCGUUGACCGAUUGUCCAGCUCCCUGGCCAGGUCCGAGGAAGGAGAACACACUCUCAAGGAUCAGCUGCAAUCUCUAUCCCUGUCUCUCAACGACACUGCAAUGGAAUCCACUCAGAAGCAAGAACAGUUACAUCACCUACAACAGGCUGUGGCUAACAGCGAGAAGGACAGGAGAGUCCUGCAAGAAAGAUUGGAUGCUGCCAGACAUGGUGCUAGUGAUGCCAAGAAGCAGAACCAUCAAUUGAUAGAGAGAGUUCAGCAGGGACAGAACGAUCUAGCCGAGUGUGAGCUGAGGAGGGCAGAGCUGGAGCAACAAGUCAGGUCUUCACAACAGCUCGUGAAGCAGCACCAGGAAUCGGAGGAGACCACCAUGACUCAGAUCCAGAGAUUCCAAGCAGAGAAACGAUCCUUGAAGGAACACGUCACCACACUGCAGAAGGCCUACAGUAACCUAGAGACUGAGAAGAGAGAGGUGCAACGCAGUGCGGGUCGUCUGGAGAAAGAUAAGACUGCUCUCAAGAAAACCCUGGAUAAGGUUGAGCGAGAGAAGAUGCGCCAUGAGGAGGCCGUAAUGAGGGCCACGUCGGAGAAAGGAGCCUUAGACCAGUCCCUAACCUCCCUGGACCAAGAAAAUAUUGAGCUUCAGAGACAGACCCAGGCCCUACAGGCUACUCUGGCUGAGACAGAGCAGCAACAUGCCCAGAGAUUGAUUGAGCUGACGACAAGACACAGACAAGAGACAGAGAUCGAGACAGAGAGAUUGAGAACAGCUCAGCUUCAGGCUGAGAGGACCCUGGAGGCCAGGGAGAGGGCUCACAGACAGAGGGUCAAAGGACUUGAAGAGCAGAAUUCCACCUUGAAGGAUCAGAUGCAUCAUGAGGUCAGGAAAAGACAACAGUACAUCUCCAUGAGUUCCAAGACUAAUGAUGAGAUCCAGGACCUCAGGAAUAUGCUCAGUGACUCGUUGCACUCUGUGGCCCGCGACCCGACCCUUGACCCUGUGCUGCUGGAGCACGAGACCAGGAAGCUAGAUGAGUCCAUGGGAUACUCCUCCUCUCUGCGCAGGUCGGCCAGAGGGGCGUCGCCUCCUACCAGUCUAUCACCACGCCUAGCCAAGGACCGCAACCGUAGUAUAUCCCCCGUUAGGCUGGGUAAACCAGCCAGCACCUCAACACCGGGCAUGGAUUCCAAGCUUAGAAGUAGCAGUGGCCGAACUCGAUCAGCGCGAGGCCUCAGUCCGUCAUCGCUUCGCGGCUCGUUACGAAAGUGAUCCGUUUUUUGUAGAUUAGCCAUGCAAUAUGUAUAGAAUUCAUCUGCAUUCCAUUCCAGUGUUAAGAGACUCAGAAGACUUUAACUCUAUGAUAAAAACCCAUGAGUUAAUGUCCUUCUGGUUCCAAAACAGACGAUACAAUGACGUCUCAGAUGAUUUGUCAGAAAAUUUUGAAAGUAAAUAAUUCAUUAGAAAUGAGAUAUCGGAAAUCCUGGUUAGGCGAUGUUAACAGCAUUCCAUGUUCAAAGGCAGGAGUUCUCCAUUUAAGUUUAACCCUGUUAUGACAGUAAGCUGAUAGACCGUGUAUGAGGUAACUUGCCUUUGAGGCUUGUUGUAGCUAAAGGGUUCACCCAUAGCUAGUUGAGAGAAUAGUUGCAUCACCAGAAGUCACUCCCGAUCAGUCAGUCACUUCCUUGAGCUUCAAAGACAAGUUAGUCUCUCUCAUAGAAAUCAUACAUGGGAGGGAAGUCUUUGAAGCCCCAUGAUUUAACCGCACUUACGUUAACGGGGAGAUGCGAGUUGGUCUAGUGUUAAUGUCCGUGGUACGGUCAGCUCUCUGUCUUCACCUAGAAGUAUUUCGGAUGGUGACCGUCUGACGCUAAAGUCAGUCCCCAGACGUAAAUCAUAUCUGAUUGAUACACUUCUGAAAAAAACACAAGUUACAAACUUGUUCCCUUCGUCACAACUAUCUCUUUCAAUGUGCUAUGGGUUAACCCUAUUAUUGCCAUGUGAAGUUAUACAAUUUAGACAAUCAGUAGGAUUUUAGCUUUUUAUGAUCAAAUGAGAAAAUAUUGCAGAGAAAAUAGAAAGUUGGCCUAAGCUGUAGAUAGCAUUGAUUCAUGUGCAGUGGUGCUGUUUUUGUUGUUGAGGUGUUGAGACAACAUGCUCUCAUGACUGCCAUUUGCUAGGUUGUUUGAACUGCCAUUCAUGGAACGAUCAUUCCCUUUCUUGGACCAAUUGGAUGUGUUGUGCUGAAAGACAAAAAUAGAGUGUUUGCGAAUAUGCUAGAAACU